UGCCUGCCAGCUAGCCGGGGCGGCGGGAGAGCGCGGCAAGCGGGGCGCAGGGUUGAGGAACGCGGCGCGGGAGUGCGGGAGGCUCGCCGCCCAGCUCCGUCGCUGUCGUUCUCCGCGCCUCCAGCACUCGCUUCCUUCCCUUCCCUCCCCUGCAUCCCGGCCUGGGGUCUCGGGUGGGGAACGGAGGGAAGGGACCUGAGAGGAAGCGAAAGCGGAGUGAGGGGCGGAGGGGGUCCCGGCGCGGAGCAAGGCGCGCGCCGCUGCUUGUUCUCUCUCCGCAGCCGCCGCCUCCUUGCCGGGUGGGUGCCGCGGCCCCGGGCGCGCGGGACUCCCGGGGCGCCCGCACUAUGCAGGCGGACCGCCGGCCGCCGCGAUGGCGAGCCGGACGGUGGUGAGAGCCGGGCGCAGCCCGUACCAACCCCGAGUCCGGGCCGCGGCCGCCGCCCCCGCAGGGGCCGCGCUCCCCCACUCCCAUUCCUCCCCGCUCCCGCCCCGCGCCAGCUCCUCCUCCUCCCCUAUGCCUCUGUUCCUUCUGCUCUUACUGGUCCUGCUCCUGCUGCUCGAGGACGCGGGAGCCCAGCAAGGUGAUGGAUGUGGACACACUGUACUAGGCCCUGAAAGUGGAACCCUUAUGUCCAUAAACUACCCACAGACCUAUCCCAACAGCACCGUUUGUGAAUGGGAGAUUCGUGUAAAGAUGGGAGAAAGAUUGCGCAUCAAAUUUGGUGACUUUGACAUUGAAGAUUCUGAUUCUUGUCAUUUAAAUUACUUGAGAAUUUAUAAUGGAAUUGGACUUAGCAGAACUGAAAUAGGCAAAUACUGUGGUCUGGGAUUGCAGAUGAACCAUUCAAUUGAAUCAAAAAGCAAUGAAAUUACAGUGCUGUUCAUGAGCGGAAUCCAUGUUUCUGGACGAGGAUUUUUGGCUUCAUACUCAGUUAUAGAUAAACAAGAUCUAAUUACUUGUUUAGACACUGCAUCCAGCUUUUUGGAACCUGAGUUCAGUAAGUACUGUCCAGCUGGUUGUCUCCUUCCUUUUGCUGAGAUAUCUGGAACAGUCCCUCAUGGAUAUAGAGAUUCCUCGCCAUUGUGCAUGGCUGGUGUGCAUGCAGGAGUGGUGUCAAACACCCUGGGUGGCCAGAUCAGUGUUGUAAUUAGUAAAGGUAUCCCGUACUACGAAAGUUCUUUGGCUAACAACGUCACGUCUGUGGUGGGACACUUAUCUACAAGUCUUUUCACAUUCAAGACGAGUGGUUGUUAUGGAACUCUGGGCAUGGAGUCUGGUGUGAUUGCCGAUCCUCAGAUAACAGCUUCAUCUGUGCUGGAGUGGACGGACCACACAGGGCAGGAGAACAGCUGGAGACCCGAAAAGGCCAGGCUGAAGAAACCGGGGCCUCCCUGGGCUGCCUUUGCCACUGAUGAGUAUCAGUGGUUACAGAUAGAUCUCAACAAGGAAAAGAAGAUAACAGGCAUUGUGACCACUGGCUCCACCAUGGUGGAGCAUAACUACUAUGUGUCAGCCUACCGAAUUCUAUACAGUGAUGAUGGGCAGAGGUGGACUGUGUACAGAGAGCCUGGUGUGGAGCAGGAUAAGAUAUUUCAAGGAAACAAAGAUUAUCACCAGGAUGUGCGUAAUAACUUUUUGCCACCAAUUAUUGCACGUUUUAUUAGAGUGAAUCCUACCCAAUGGCAGCAGAAAAUUGCCAUGAAAGUGGAGCUGCUGGGAUGCCAGUUUAUUCUUAAAGGUCGUCCUCCAAAACUUACUCAACCUCCAUCUCCUCGAAACAGCAAUGACCUCAAAAACACUACAGCCCCUCCAAAAAUAGCCAAAGGUCGUGGCCCCAAAUUUACUCAACCACUACAACCUCGCAGUCGCAAUGAAUUUCCUGCACAGACAGAACAAACAACUGCCACUCCUGAUAUAAAAAACACUACCGUAACUCCAGAUGUCACCAAAGAUGUAGCCUUGGCCGCAGUGCUUGUUCCUGUGCUGGUCAUGGUCCUCACCACUCUCAUUCUCAUAUUAGUGUGUACUUGGCAUAGGAGAAACAGAAAGAAAAAAACUGAAGGCACCUAUGAUUUACCUUACUGGGACCGGGCAGGUUGGUGGAAAGGAAUGAAGCAGUUUCUCCCGGCGAAAUCUGUGGAGCACGAGGAAACCCCCGUUCGCUACAGCAGCAGUGAAGUCAAUCACCUGAGUGCGAGAGAGGUCACCACAAUGCUGCAAACGGACUCUGCAGAGUAUGCCCAGCCGCUUGUGGGAGGAAUUGUUGGCACACUUCAUCAGAGGUCGACCUUCAAACCAGAAGAAGGAAAAGAAACAGGCUAUGCUGACCUAGAUCCUUACAACUCCCCGAUGCAAGAAGUGUAUCACGCCUACGCUGAACCACUCCCAAUUACGGGGCCUGAGUAUGCAACCCCCAUUGUCAUGGAUAUCUCGGGGCACACCCCAGCUUCAGUUGGUCUACCCUCAACGUCCACUUUCAAAGCUACAGGGAACCAGCCUCCUCCUUUAGUGGGAACAUACAACACUCUUCUCGCCAGGACUGACAGCUGCUCCUCAGCCCGGGCCCAGUAUGAUACCCCAAAAGGUGGGAAGCCAGGUCCAAAUGCCCCAGAGGAAUUGGUGUACCAGGUGCCACAGAGCACACAGGAGGUGUCAGGAACAGGGAGGGAUGGCGACAGUGAUGUUUUGAAAGAAAUCCUUUGAAGGUGAUGCUGCUUUUUACAAAGCAUCGUUUUAAAGCACAUGGCCUUUU